GGCCGCCUUGUGUCCCGGCUGGUCACCGCCGCUCCUGUUCCCAUCGCGACGGGCCGCGUUAUUUCCCGGCUGGACGCCACCGCUCCCGGCCACCGCCCUCACUCCAGCCCCGUCGUCCCGCUGUUCCCUCCCGGCGCCAUGAGCAGGCUGGGGCCGCAGCGGGACCUGGAGGAGGCCGCCGCCCUGGAGCGCCGGCGGCGACGGGAGCUGCUGCGGCGGGGCCGCAUCUUCAACGCGCGGCUCCGCACUAUAGGGAUUGAUAAAGAUGCAUUGGAUGCGCAGGUCAAGGAGAGGAAACUUCAAGAAGCAGCUGAAAAAGCACAACAUGAAAAAUUCGCUCAUAACAUGAAGAAAAAUGACAAGCUUAUGUGUCUGCUAGAAGAAAGACAGAAAAAUGAAAUCAAAGACAUGAAUAGGGCUCUCACUGAAUUUCACAAGAAUUUUCAGAAGCUGGAAACAAGACGUGAAUUUGACCUGAAUGAUCCACAAGCCCUAAAGAAAGACAGACCUGCUCGAGUUUCAGACAGUGAUCCACGGUGUACUAUAUCUGGCAUGCAGAAGUUUAUGGGUGAAGACUUAAACUAUGAUCAGAGGAUGAAGUUUCAAAAGGAGCAGUUAAGAGAGUGGUCUCUUCAGCAACAGAAAGACUGGAAAAAUGCAUUAGCUGACCAAAAAGUGGCAGAUGAUCUUUAUGACAAGUUUAGGAUUGAACUUGACCGAAAGAUUAUGGAGGAACAAAGAAAAGAAGAGGAAAACAGGCGUGUUGUUUGUACAGCUACUAAAGAUUUCAAUAGAAUCCAGGUUGCUGAACUAGAUCAUAAAAAUGAAUUGGAAAAGGCUCAAAAAAUAAAAGAUGACAUGGAUGAAAUUACCUUCCUCCUUCGAGGAGACUUACUUUCUGAAAAUCCUGACCAAGCAAUAGGUCCCUUGGGUAAACAUCAUGUGCUUGUGGAUCGAUGGAAGGGAAUGAAUCAGGAGCAGCUGAUGGCAAUUCGUCAAUUUCAAAAGGAACAAGCUCUGGAGAAACUGCGAGUAAGAGAGCAGGAACGCCAAAGAGAUGCUGAAUGGGAUAGGCAACGUCUACAGACUGCGAGAGCCCAGUUGCUUUGGGAGCGGCAGCAGCAGCGGCAGAAUCGGGUACAGCGCCGAGAUUUAGAUUUCGUGAACGCAGAGCUCUCUCAGGAGCAGAAAGCAAAGAACAUUUAUCUUAAAGAAGAAGAGUAUUCAAAUAUUCCAACAGACGAGUUUUAUGCACAGUUUAAUACAACCACCCGGUGACAAUCUGGAUAAAUCAACCUGAAUUAUACAGAAGACAGAUUGGAGACCUAUGCCUGCGUGGAUGUCUUUUAAUAUGAACUGAAUAUAGUCUGAGAAUAAUAUUUCUGAUCAGCAUAGCAGAUUUAUUUUCCCUGUUCCUCACUGGGAAGCAAAACUGGCUGUUUAGAAGGACACACAAUAGGUACAAACAAAACCCUUUCUUUUGAGAUGUUUUGGUCUGUUUCUUCUUUGCUUUGUACUUAGGGAAGAUUGGGAGAAUAGUAUGAAUGUGAUGAUGAUUUUCAUUCUUAAAGUAAUCUCAGCAUUAAUUUCCAUAAUGAAUUUAAUAUACGACUCGUAACUAACCAUAACUACAAAUAAUGCUUUGAGCACUCUGGAUGCCACAAAGCCAGACAUAGCACUCCUCCCUAAACAUUGAAGAGGAGACAUUCUGAGCUUGAAAUGGUAUUUGGGGCACUUCCUUUGAGACCCUGAAAUAUCCUCUAAGACAGUUUGGUAAAAACUUAGUGUCCUUACUUGCAUGUUCUGCUCAUUCUUACAAGAAGAUGGCAGUUUGCUUUUCUCCAUUUCACAUACAUUGUUAAGCCUUCUGAGCUCUUUUGUUUGGAGACUUUAUAUGAAUCCAAUACAGAAAUCAGGGAUUAAAUGAACAGAAAAAUUACAGAAUAGUUUUAAAAUAACAUGAAGAUUACUCUGUGUUAGAAUUCAGGUGCAGCUUCUGGUUGCACUAAGUGAUAGAUUUUGAUUUUCUUCCAAGUAAAAAACUCAGUUUUUUGGUGAAAGUUAAUUUUAAGUCUCCCCUUUCCAGAACUUCCAAAGUAAUAUACCUUCCAUAAAGCCCAGUGGCUGCCUGGCUCCCACAAUACCUCGCAGUAUGCCAAAGACCUCUGUAACAGGAAAGAGAGCUGGAGUCUCUGGCAUUGCCUGUCAGAAUAAUUAUAAUGAGUCACUUUUGUCACUAUGGAUCUAGUGACAAAGAGUGAUCUUGGAAAGCAAAAAUGGGAUCUCGCUGUUUAAAACCUUUCUUUUCAGAACCAGUGUAUUUCAACUGCAUCAUUCAAAUGUGGAUCUUAAUAUUCACAAGACCAUGAAAUUAAGAGUAAAAAGAACUUAUACAUUAAUAAAUGACAUGCUAAAAUAAUAAUUAUAUGGUUAGCUAGUAUAUGUGUACAUAUUAACUGCCUCCUAGUUUUAAUUUCAUUUGAAGGGCAAAGUAUAUCUAAAGUAAUCUCCACAACAGAAAAUGUUUCACAUAACUUGGAUUGGAUCCUUUUUCCUAUGAAGUAAGGAGAAUUUUGCAGUAGAUUUCAAUGCACCCAAGUUCUUAUAUAGUCAUUUGAGACAAUGCAAAGAAAAAUGAAAGAAAACCCCCACUCUUUUUCUGUCUUACAAUUAGCACCAGGGCUAAUGGCUAACAUGAAACACAGGAAAAUGGAUAAUAAGGCUCAAGAAAUACUGUCGUUGGGACCAUGCUUGAAUUUGUAUGUGCAAUUACAUCAUUUUAUUGUAUUGUAGGAAAAAAGCCUUAUAAAUUUGAAGUAAACAUUUCUAAUGGAGCACAGGUGUUAAUAUCUUAGUUAAAUAAUUGGCCGAUAGUGAGUGCUGUCUGGCAGUUCCACCCAGUUGAAAUGUGUUGAGAAUUGUUAGUUCACUUCAGUGGUUUCUGGUCUAAGCUUGCAUGUAAAUGUGCAGAACUGUCUCAAUUAUUUGUAAUUUGAUCAGUUUAUUUUUUAAAGACUAGAUUUCAAAUUAAGUAUUUGUGUUUUAACGGUGUUUUAACCCCGUGGGCAAGAAGUAUUUCUGUUGGUUCAUUUAGUGCAACUGUUACGUAGUUAGCUCAGUCCUUCUACUCUUGAAAUUAAUGGCAACAUUCCUGCUGAUUUCAGCAGCAAAAGCAAAUCUACAUCAUAACUAACCGCAAUUCCCUUUACUCCUCCUUCCCUCUCCAAAUAUUGUGUUUAUUAGAGAAAAUUAAUUUUAAAAUGUUCUUUAACUAGUGAUCUGCUGAAAGACAUUUAACUCCUUAAAUUUAGUUUUUAAAUGUCAGAUGUUAAGAAACAGAAGACACUGAUUAAUGUACUUCUCUUUUCACUUUUCAAUUCAUAAUCUGUGCUUAUGCUGAAUCCCUGGCUAGAAGGGAGAUAUUUACGUGGUGCAUAUUACAAACACUAAGAGCAUUUAGAAAGACCUAUAUUAAUGUAAUUUUCCUGCUUAAAUGUAUCCUCUGUGCUUUGCUUGGUACUGGUUAAAGCUUAUUAACAUACAACUGAAAUGAAACAGCCCAGGGAAAGAGGCUGCUGUCAGAUCCCACAUGAUGAAUUGUAACUUCAGGCAUCUCUGUGUAAAUCUCUCUGCUAACCUGUUCCCAAUUAGUGACAUGUGGGACCAGAUUUUCUUGUAUUUGAAGCAGAGGCUCUAAGAAGUUUUUACGCUGAAAAAAAAAAGCAUAAAAAAAGGAGAUGGGAAAUGUUAUAACAGAAAGAACUUUAAAUCCAAGUCCUAUGUGAUUUUAUAAGCAGUGUCAAAUAUUUUUAAGUAUUACAUCUCAGUGUAGUGCAUUAUACCAUGAUGUGUUAAAGGUCUGACUUUACAGUGAUUGGUGUUAUUCCAGGUCUUAAGUUUCAAACUUUAAAAGGCCUUUUUUUUCCUUUUUUUUUUCUUAACAAAGAGAUGAAUGAGAAUAUCUUUGAAGAGACACUAAUAAACUUCCUGCUUUACAUCUAGAAAUACAUAGGAUACUGCACCUCCUUUUUUUCCCAAGAGUUGUCAAUCCUCUUCUGUUGCAAAUUGGCACAAUUUUGAUGAAAAUAGUGGAGCCAUGAGGAUUUAAGUGAGCCAUAAGAUUGAGAAUCUUGACAUAUAGAUAUCUGUGCUUCCAUUGCAUUUUUAGUUAUGAUAUCACUUUCAUUUUUCUUCAUGCCAUGGAUGAGUUUUUAGACUCUGUAUGUGCUCAGUCUUUCCCUGAAGUUAUGGUUGGAGUGUAGGAGUCUGAAGGCAAAACCAUGUAACUUCCUGAAGUGUACAAAAGGUCUUUUAAACAAGAAUUCUUCAUUUUGAGAGACAGUGAACAUUAACCUUCUGUGCUUUUCAGCUGAAAUUUGGGAUAUGUUGAUCCAAGAACCAGGCCAGCAUAACAUUGUAUGCAUAGAUACAUAAAUAAACAAAAAAGCAAAGAAACACAUGCUCAAACUUGGCACUUUUGUGGUGUUUCACUAGUAAUUAUGGGUGCUUUUCGUAGGCAUUAGGGUCAAAAGAGAAGGUGGUUGUGUUUGUCCCAGAAAACACCCUGUUCUUGAGAUACAUAAGAGUGCCUAUACAAUUCAAUAUCUAAAUGUAAUUAUACAUGCUCUAGUGACAGUUCCAGUUCCGUGCUGCAAAGUGCAAAACAUCCAUUCCUUCGCUGAGUCCUCUGAAAUAGAGAGGAGCACUGUGAAAAUGCCUCCAAAUAAAAUACAACCUGGGUGGUACAUGGGAAUGCCAAAGCCAAAAUUACUGCAAACACAAUAAAAUGGGAGCCAGAUAAACCCACAUUGCUUGAGCAUUUUCUUAUAUUCUAAAUACAUUUUGAAAAAGUGUAAAUUUUGAAGGGUGUCCCAUGGGACAGACAGAGAUAGAGAGGAAUCAUUGUGUGUGCAUUCUGGUUCUCAAGUGCUCAUAAUACAGAACUUAAAAUUGCUGCAGGCUGAUGGGUAUGUUGCUCAUCUGUGUCUGUUAAUGUUUUGCAUGGCCUGGUUUGUGGUAGUGGGGGGGCCACAGAGCUGGCUUCUGUGAGG